CGUUUAAGUAACCCCACGGCACAGGAGAGAGAGAGGGAAGGGCGAGGGAGAGAUGGCGUACGUGGCCUUCGUCUCCUCCUACCACCUGCGGCUCGCUGUGGCUUCUCGCUGCUGCUGCUCCUCUGCUUCUUCUCCUCCUCCUCCUCUUACCCUUCUUUGCGGGAAACCCGUCUUAUUCCACCACCGCCCACUUCUCAUCAGAAGAAGAGGAAUCCAAUUUCUCAGUUCAAAGUUGGGGCUUCGGAGCAGACCCAAUUGCUCUGCCAGCAGGAAUCCCCCCGCUGGCGAUGACGUAACAGACUUCUGCAUUAUAGAAGGGCCGGAAACGGUUCAGGAUUUCGUUCAGUUGCAGAUGCAAGAGAUACAAGACAAUAUCAGGAGUAGGCGAAACAAGAUUUUUCUGUUAAUGGAGGAGGUUAGGAGAUUAAGGAUACAGCAGCGAAUAAAAAGCACUGGUGCAGUGAAUGAAGAUAGUGAGAAAGAAAAUGAGAUGCCUGAUAUGCCAUCGUCUAUUCCUUUUCUUCCUAAUAUGACAUUCACAACUCGAAGGAAGCUCUACCUUACAUGCUUUUUACUUAUCUCGGGAAUAAUUCUUUUUGGAGGCUUCCUUGCACCAACACUUGAACUAAAACUGGGGUUGGGUGGUACCUCCUACGAAGACUUCAUCCGCAGUCUGCACCUACCCCUGCAGCUAAGUGAAGUGGAUCCCAUUGUAGCAUCCUUCUCAGGAGGAGCAGUUGGAGUCAUUUCUGCUCUUAUGGUGAUUGAGAUUAACAAUGUUGAGCAACAGGAGAAAAAAAGAUGCAAAUAUUGUCUUGGGACUGGAUACCUAGCAUGUGCAAGGUGCUCCGGCAGUGGUCUCUCUUCAACCAUUGAGUCGAUCGCCUUUUCCAGUAGUUCUAACUUCCCUCUAAGUGCCCAAAAAAAUGAAAGGUGCAUAAAUUGCUCUGGCGCGGGAAAGGUCAUGUGCACGGGAUGCUUAUGCACUGGGAUGGCUAUGGCAAGUGAGCACGAUCUACGGAUAGACCCAUUUGACUGAUGGCUUUAUUUCUCUGGUAAACGCGCAGCAGCAUGAUAAGUCUUGGUUCUAGGGUACAGAUCCUCAAAUGGGCUGUUGGGAAUCUUCAGAUAAACAAUGGACUCUCAGACCUCGUGGGCCUGUUGAGUAAAUAUAGCGCUGGAAGCCUGGACACUGGACAGGACCUUUGCGAUUACUUCCAUAUUCACAUGGCCAUGACAGUAAAUUUGAAUGACUUUGCAAAGUUCUGUGUUUCCUUUCCUGGAGCAUUACUGUUCAAUGUAAAGGUUCUAUCUUUGAACUAUUUCUAAUAAGUAAGAAUGGCCUGUAAAAUUGCCUCA